CACUACAUAGCUACAAACUAUAUAUAUACAUUUAUAAACAUAUAGAGGUUAUAAUAUGGGGAAGUCACCUAUCAUUUUGGUGGCUUUCCUGCUCAUCUCCGUCUCCAUCGGAGCAACCGCGGCUUAUGACGCUACCAAUGCCACCAAGACUCCACCACCAGCCCCUAAGUAUCCACCUACACCUGUGCCCGCGCCUAAACAGACACCACCUCCAGCACCCAAGCCCAUGACACCACCACCGGCCCCAAAGCCCAAGACUCCAGCGCCUGCCCCAAAGCCAAACACACCACCACCUGCCCCAAAGCCCAAGACUCCAGCGCCGGCCCCAAAGCCCAAGACUCCAGCGCCGGCCCCAAAGCCCAAGACACCACCACCGGCUCCAAAGCCCAAGACUCCAGUGCCUGCCCCAAAGCCCAAGACACCACCACCUGCUCCCAAGCCCAAGACACCACCACCUGCACCGAAGCCCAAGACACCACCACCGGCUCCGAAGCCCAAGACACCUCCACCUGCACCGAAGCCCAAGACGCCACCACCGGCUCCAAAGCCCAAGACGCCACCACCGGCACCGAAGCCCAAGACACCACCACCGGCACCGAAGCCCAAGACGCCACCACCGGCUCCAAAGCCCAAGACACCACCACCGGCACCAAAGCCCAAGACACCACCACCGGCACCAAAGCCCAAGACACCACCACCGGCACCAAAGCCCAAGACACCACCACCGGCACCAAAGCCCAAGACACCACCACCGGCUCCAAAGCCCAAGACACCACCACCGGCACCCAAGCCCAAGACACCACCACCUGCACCCAAGCCAAAGCCUCCCCAAGACGACACCACUAACUACGACGAGUUGACACCAGAACCAGGAACAGGACGACAACGAGCUUUUUGCAAGUCGAAAGUUUGUUACUACAAAACACUCACUUGUCCAAAGGAGUGUCCGGAGAGGAAGCCCAAGAAGAACAAGAGGAAUAAAGCGUGCUUCAUCAAUUGUGGUAGAAAGUGUGAAGCUACAUGCAAAUGGAGGAGGCCGAAAUGCAACGGAUACGGCUCGUUAUGUUACGAUCCAAGGUUCAUUGGCGGUGACGGAGUUAUGUUCUAUUUUCAUGGCGGUAAAGGACGCGAUUUCUCUCUAGUUUCCGACACCAACCUCCAAAUCAACGCUCACUUCAUCGGAAGCAGGCCCAACGGUAGGCGCCGUGACUACACAUGGGUCCAGUCGGUGUCGACCAUGUUCGACACCCACACGUUAAUCAUUUCAGCCAAGAAUGUAGAACAAUGGGACGACUCAGUGGACACGCUUCUCGUGAAAUGGGACGGUGAAGAAGUCACCGUCCCAUUUGAUGGAGAAGCCGAAUGGAAAACCGACACUGGAGUACGCCAAGUGGCGGUUGAAAGAACCGAUGACACCAACGCUGUUAAAGUCACUGUUGGUGGGUUGGUAUCGAUUCACAUGAAAGCGGUUCCUGUGACCAAAGAAGAUGAUAAAGCUCACAACUACCAGUUACCGUCAAAUGACGCUUUUGCACACUUCGAGUUGCAGUUUGAGUUCCCGAAUCUUUCUAACGAAGUGGAGGGUAUUUUGGGGAAAACGUAUAGGCCCGGGUAUGUUAGCCCGGUGAAGAGAGGGAUCGCAAUGCCGAUAAUGGGCGGGGAAGACAAGUAUGAAACUCCAUCUCUAACAUCCACUAACUGUAAACUAUGCAGGUUUCAGUCAGCUACAACUUCAGCAGCUAUCGUUACCGAUAUCGGUAUAUCGCAAUACUGAUCAAUUAUUGUAAUUUCACAAUUUCAUCUGUUGAUUCACAACUGAAAUGUUUUAAUAAGGAAAUAAAGCAUCCAGAAUUUGAUUAUCAUGCAAAUAAUAAAACUUAUCCAUUGUUAGUUGUUCA